CUUUAUUGGGGAAAAAGGUAGGCGCCAGCCCAAUCGCAGACACACUACUACUGUGCCUAAUGCUAAUGCCGAUACACUUCAAAACCAAUAACUCCGUACAUCAAUAAAGCGAAAUUAGUACACCAUCUUUCCAAUUAACACUCACCAUUUUUCCAAUUCAACCAGAUCAUGCUUCAGCACCAAUCUUAGUAGUUUUUCCAAAAGCUUUUCUCCAUUUGAUAAACAUCAAUGUCUGAGGCUAAUUCUGAAAAUUGCCCUUCACUCCCCUCCAAUUACGUCUCCAUAGCCCAACUCCAAGAACGAUGGCUCAAGGAGAAACAGAGAAAACAACAAGAAAAGGAAAAACAAGAAAAAGAAAAAGAAGAAAAGAAAAACCCACUAAACCCAGUUCCUCAAAAUCAUCAAAAACAUAAAAAUCUGCAAAAUCGUGAAAAUCACAGUGGAAAAGGUUGGCGUGAGGUUGGUUUGAUUGCUAAAGAACCUAAGUCAAAGGAGGUCAAAAUCACUGCUCCUGUGGUUGAAGAAAGUGUUGAUGGAGGAUCAAGGAAAAAAUUUAAGAAGAAAAAGGGCUAUUUUCGAAAUGGCAAACCUAGGGUUGGAAGAGAUGAAACAAAUAAUAUGGCUAAAGUUUCAACUUCUGAUGUGGCCAAGGAAGAAAUCAGUAUAGUAGAGAGUGUCGAAAAUGGUGGAAAAGAAUUAUCUAAGGGUAAAUAUCAGCAGAAUGGAAAAUAUAAGGAGGUCAAAGAAGUGGCUACUGUUUGCGUGGCGGAGGACGUAGGAAAAAACAAGGUAGAUAAGGAACAUGAGAAGAAAAAAGGCUAUUCUGGUAAAAGGAAACCUGGGAUUGAUAGAGAUAUAACAGGAAAUGUGGCUAAAGUUUCAACUAUUAAUGUGGCCAAGGAAGCAAUCAUGACAGUGGAUAGUGUGGAAAAUGGUGGAAGAGAAUUAUCUAAGGGUAAAUAUCAGUAUAAUGGAAUAGGUAAGGAGAUCAAAGAAGAGGCUACUAUUUGCAUGGUGGUGGAGGUAGGACAAAACAAGGUAGAUAAGGAUCAUGAAAAGAAAAAGGGCUAUUUUAGAAAAAGGGAAGAAAGAGAUGGAAAAGGAGAUAUGGCUAAAGUUUCAAGAAUUAGUUUGGUCAAGGAAGAAAUCAUGACAGUGGAUAAUGUGAAAAAUGGUGGAAGAGAAUUAUCUAAGGGAAAAUAUAAGUGGAAUGGUGAGUAUAAGGAAUUGAAAGAAGGGGCUACUGUUUGUAUGGUGGAGGUGGUAGGUGAAAACAAGGAACAUGAGAAGGAUGAGGAAGACGUUUUAGUUGAUGUGAAAGAAAGAAGUAACGAGAAGGUGAGAGUGAGAGGUGGUGCAUUUCAUGGAUAUGGUGAUAAGAGGAGAGAUGUAUCCUUGAUAGAUAAGAUUGAGAAAGAUGUUGGGAAUUUGUCAUUGAGUGAUAGGAGGAGGUAUGGUGGUCACAGGAGGCCGAGUGUCGGGGUGUAUAGUGGUGACAAGUGGAGAUAUGGGAGUACUUCCAGAAGGUAUGAACCGCCAAAAAUGUUGAAAAAUGUGUGGGUUAAAAAGGGGGAGUCUUCAAAUGGUAGUGUUGCUGAAACUGAAACUCAGGUUGAUUUUUCAAGCCAAAGCACAAGUCAGAGUUAGCUGUGCUCUCAGUGAAUCAAGUCAAGUUUGUUUAUAGAAGCGGCUUAUUAUUCAUUGCUUUCGGCAAAUCAACUUCAUUCUUACUGGGAAUACAAACAACUUUACAUGUAAAUUUGCCAGCAGUUGUUUCUCCUAGUCCUCUUUCUUGUAUGUAAGAUUUAGUAUUUUCCCUCCCCCUUCCUCUUGCGGCUUCAUAUUAAAUUGUUAAUGAAAAUGAUGUCAAAUCUAGAAUCAUGGACUAUGCAUUUUAUGUUCUUGCCAAUGUCGGCGUAUUAGUGGCAACCU